UCCUGCAAGCACAUCCGGGACGCUGGAGACUCCAGAGGAGACGGGGAAUACUGGAUUGACCCUGAGAACAAAGGAAGCCCUUUGAAGGUCUAUUGCGACAUGACAACCGAUGGAGGUGAGCGACAGGUGUAUUUUGAGGCACUUUUUAGCUCGUGUUGAACGGGUGAGAGAUAUGAAAUAAACCCCUCUUUUGGCGUGCCUUGACAUCAACGAUUAAUUGGAAUUCUAUUGUUUGAGCAUCUUAAACAAAACGACAUGGUCCUCAGACUAACGAUAUGUAGUAAGCGCCAGGGAAAAGAAAUGUACCGGCUUCCGCUCGCCUCUCAAAUACCUCUCAAAUACCUCUGUGCAGUAAGCGAAUCGAUCGGAAAAAAAAAUCGUACUUAAUUUUUCCGGUUUACAUCUAAUCAUAAAAGUUGUUUUCCUCACAUGCUUUUUCAAAACUCUUUUCCUUACUAGCUAUGAGCAUAAAAGAUAUCCGAUUAAAGGCAGCGGGGUCGAGAAUACCCAGCACUUGCCCAACGUAUGGCAAAUCUAGCGUCUUUUUCCCCACCGAUGCCAUCUUCAAACAUUUACAUACUACAAACUUAUUCGAAUUUUUUCACAAACUUAGCAUAUCUUCGCUCGAUUAAAAUAUAUCUCAAUUGUUCAAGACCGGAGGCGUACACGAUCUUUUGAUAAGCUAAGUUGUAUUUCUUUGCUGUUUCAGGAGGCUGGCUUCUCGUUUCCAACCUUGUGAUGGCCAACUCAAGUCGGUCCGUUCCGCUGUUGGUUGAGUGGUCGUACCAUGCUAUCAGCCAAUAUCACAGGAACAACAUGUUUCUGGCAAAAACGGCCAUGAAUGAGCUCAGAACAUACUUGAAUUUUACUCAGCUGAGAUUCCAUUGCAGCAAACGAUCGAAGCGUACGUUCCACGUGACCACAGCCACCAAUAGCAUCGGAGAAGCUGUGGUCCAGUACUUUAGCGGUCAGACAGAUGCGCGACCAUACUCGUGUAAAUCUUUUGUCAGAAUGGAAGACGACAACUCAAAAUUAGCCAAGGUCUGCCGACAGUGGGGGUCUGGGGACUUUAGAAAGCGCUACGUUGGUAAAUGGAGCUCAUCUAAUCGCGAUGACAACAGAUUGUAUGAUCAUACUGUGAUCGUCUGGUGGACCUAUCACUGGACUAUUCGGCCACCACAACGACGAUUUGACUGCGACGAUCUUGCACAUACAGUAUCUGCCGGUGAUUUCUGGAAAGUUUUUGUACGUUAG